CUUCUCUUUCUUUUUCUUCAAGCACAACCUCUUUCUCUCUGAGAACCUCUACUGUUACUGUAUUAGGUUGUUGAAGAAGAUGAUUUGUUGAGGACUCUCUCCUAACAAUCCAAGCUUCAUUUGCUCUAUACGUACUCCAUUUCGCAAUUCCCCUUACCUUCCACUCUUGCAAAUCUCAGUUUCAGCUCGAUAUACUCUUUUUCUUUUUAGGUAUUUUUGGUUUGAGCAUCACCUUUCAUGAAAGUAGUCGACCUUGCACACUAAUCUGUGAGAAGUAUCACAGCACCAACCUUCUCCAUCAAGUUAUGUCUGCUUCACAAACCAUAAUCAGUCAUUUCAAAUUCUAAAACAGAGAGAUAUUAGAUCAAAUUUAAGGGAUUAAGAACCGUACGUAAUGCCUUUUGGUUUAGUCUCAGCAUGGAACAAGCGCAGAAGGUCCAAAUCCUAUGACCACACAGACCCUUGGACUUAUAAGCCAGUGGAGUUCUGGCAACUAAAUGAUCAAACACCUCAACAAACGAAAAGGCACCAUCAUGGCUCUUCAGUGUUUACACUCAAAGAAAUGGACGAGGCAACAUCUUCAUUCAGUGACAAGAACUUUCUUGGGAAAGGAGGAUUUGGCCGCGUAUAUAGAGGAACUUUGCGCUCAGGAGAGGUUGUAGCAAUUAAAAAGAUGGAGCUGCCUCCCUUUAAAGCAGCUGACGGAGAACGAGAAUUUCGGGUAGAAGUAGACAUCUUGAGCAGACUUGAUCACCCAAAUUUGGUUUCUUUGAUAGGCUAUUGUGCUGAUGGCAAGCACCGGUUUUUAGUAUAUGAAUACCUGCAGAAAGGGAACCUGCAAGAUCACUUAAAUGGAAUUAAUGAGAAACACAAAAUGGGUUGGCCUCAAAGGCUCAGAGUGGCACUUGGAGCAGCAAGGGGCUUAGCAUAUCUACAUUCGAGUUCAACUCCUAUUGUUCACAGAGAUUUCAAAUCCACCAACAUUCUUUUAGAUGCCAACUUUGAAGCAAAAAUAUCCGAUUUUGGGCUUGCCAAGUUGAUGCCAGAGGGAAAGGAAAUGUAUGUGACUGCUAGAGUACUUGGCACAUUCGGCUAUUUUGAUCCGGAGUAUACAUCGACAGGAAAACUCACUUUACAGAGUGAUGUUUAUGCAUUUGGAGUGGUUCUUCUUGAACUUCUGACUGGACGUCAAGCCCUGGACCUAAACCAAGGACCAAAUGAUCAAAAUCUUGUACUACAGGUAAAGCACAUAUUAAAUGAUCGGAAGAAGCUGCGUAAGGUCAUAGAUCCUGAGCUGGGUCGAAGUUCGUACACCAUGGAAUCUAUAGUCAUGUUUGCAAACCUGGCAUCACGAUGUGUGCGUCCUGACAGCAGUGAAAGACCCUCCAUGGCUGAAUGUGUAAAAGAACUGCAGUUGAUUAUCAUUACAAAUGCAAAAGGCUUGUGAGUGGCCGCCUAAAGUACACACGUACUAAUUGCAGGGUGGAGACUGUACAGACAUAAUGAAGAUCCUUUACUUCAUCUAAUAAAAGAGUUCUUGAAUCUUCAAAACUUGUGGACCUAUGAUCCUAAAAACAAGACUCCAGAAGAGCAUUUGAUAAGGAUUCAGAAGAACUAUAAUGCAGUGAAUUAUCAGACAGUAAAUAAGAUCACACUGAACUUGGUUUUCUUGUACACAAUCAAGAGAUCUAGUAAGUAAACAAAUAAUAGAUGAUGUAAGAUGUGGAAAAUCACUUUCUUGUAUCAUUCUCUUAUUGUUUUUGUAACCUUUCCUUUUAUAAGUUAUACACUGCUAAAAAAGAGAAUAAUAUAUUA